AUGAUAUUAGAAUCGUCAUUCCGGCAAGACCUUGAUAAAACCACAUAUGGAACUAUCUUUGACAUUGAUCCCAGUGUUAAAACAAUUUCACUCAGAAGCUUGAUUGAUCACUCCAUUAUUGAGAAUUUCGGGGAGGGAGGAAGAGCUUGCAUCACUAGUAGAGUUUAUCCCUCGUUGGCUAUAGACAAAGAUGCACAUCUUUAUGUAUUCAACAAUGGAGAACAGAGUGUGGUGAUCACUGAACUCAAUGCUUGGAGCAUGAAGCAAGCAGAGAUUGGCUAUGAGGGAAAUGAAGCCAGUACCUAAGAAGGAUUUAGAGAUUCAAACAACAUUUACUUUAAAAUCAUUGUGUUUGCGUCCUAUAUAAUUUUGUUUUUCCUUUUUCGCAAAAAUGGAAUGCUUAUUCCUACCCUAGGCGAUUCAAGUGAAUAAGAGCUUGCUCGUUUUAAUUUUUUGGCUUAAUUGCAUUUUUUGUUUUUGAAAUAUCGUGAUUGUGCAAUUUGACUACCUGAUCUUCAAAACGAGCAACU